CGUAAAGUUUAUAAUCACCGUCACCACCACGAGAUGCUAGUAAAAAAUGUGAAUACAAAAGUAACGGAGCGUUUAUACAUGUUAGCCUAAAAGAAAAGAAAAGAAAAAUAAAAAAGCCAGACAGUACGCCAAAAAUCCUCAGCCACUUCCCAGUUUCUUAGCUCAAAUCGUCUGGUCCUCUCUGGCACUCGACAGAGGGCAAUAGCCAUGGCAGCAAUCACUCAACGGAGCUUCUUGAAUCUCACCGCGUUAAAAUCCUUCACGGCUGAGACCAGAACGCGCUACGAGAGGAGAAAACUUGGAGCUAACAGCUCGGUUAAGUGCUCUCAGACAUUGGAAGGCUCUGCCCAAAGUGUUACAGUGUCAAAUGGCAAGGAUUCCUUAGUAAUUUCCCGAGUUCUCAACGGAAUGUGGCAGACUAGCGGUGGAUGGGGGAGAAUCGACCGUGACGACGCGGUGGAGGCAAUGCUCCGAUAUGCCGACGCUGGACUUUCAACCUUUGAUAUGGCCGACCACUAUGGACCUGCUGAAGAUUUAUAUGGCAUCUUCAUCAAUCGAGUUCGUAGAGAGCGUCCGCCUGAACUCCUGGAGAACAUAAGAGGGCUUACAAAAUGGGUGCCGCCGCCGGUGAAGAUGACUAGUAGCUAUGUCCGAGAGAGCAUUAAUAUCUCACGAAAGAGAAUGGAUGUGUCUUCUUUGGAUAUGCUUCAAUUUCACUGGUGGGAUUAUUCGAACUCUGGCUAUCUUGAUGCUCUCAAACAUCUGACCGAUUUGAAAGAAGAGGGUAAAAUCAAGACGGUUGCUUUGACAAAUUUUGACACGGAAAGGUUACAAAUUAUUUUGGAAAAUGAUAUCCCUGUUGUGAGUAAUCAGGUUCAGCACUCUAUUGUUGAUAUGAGGCCUCAACAAAAGAUGGCAGAGCUUUGUAAGCUCACAGGAGUCAAGCUGAUAACGUAUGGAACUGUAAUGGGUGGCUUAUUAUCUGAAAAAUUCCUCGACACCAACUUAACGAUUCCUUUUGCUGGCCCUCCAUUAAAUACUCCCUCCCUGCAAAAGUACAAAAGGAUGGUUGAUGCAUGGGGAGGAUGGAGUUUGUUUCAAGUUCUGCUACAGACACUUAAAAGAGUUGCUUCUAAGCAUGGGGUCUCGAUUCCGACCGUUGCUGUUAAAUACAUUCUAGAUCAGCCAGCUGUGGCGGGAUCAAUGAUAGGCGUUCGGCUUGGGUUAUCAGAGCAUUUGCAAGAUACAAAUGCCAUAUUUUCUCUUGCUCUUGACGAGAAGGACAUAAACAGCAUCGAGGAAGUUUCCAAAAAAGGUAAGAAUCUUCUUAAAAUUAUUGGGGACUGUGGGGAUGAAUAUAGGCGUGCAUGACUUAGCAAAUGCUUUCUUAUUUGCUAGUGAUAUGAAAUACUUGUUAUUUGGUAGACUUCUGCAACUAUAUUGUCACACAACAGUCACUAUGUUGAUAAUAUAUGGAAAACAUUAAAUUUAUCCCGACCUUUAAAUUGUGGGGUCUGGGGAUUAUAA